UCCUAACGGGUGGCGGCGGCGGGCGAGCCGGGCCCCUCCAUGCGGGGGCCGCGGGGCCGCAGCGCUCUGGCCGCCUUCGCGUUGCUGGUGCUGCUCGGGGUAGCGGCGGGCGGCCCGGAGCCGCCGCCGAGCGAUGCCGCGGCUGUGGAGGCCGCGUUCGGGCUGGGGGCGGCUGCCGCUCCCGCCGCUCUGCCCGCUGGUUCCGCGGACGUGACAGUGGAGGACGAUGAGGGCGGUGUGGCCCCGGCAGCGGCCGGAGAGCCGGACGCUGAGGGCAGCGGAGAGGCCCGGCCCGGCGGCAGAUCUCUAGUAAUUAUCAGCACUUUGGAUGGACGAAUUGCUGCACUGGAUCCAGAAAACAGUGGGAGAAAACAGUGGGAUCUGGAUGUGGGAUCAGGUUCUCUUGUGUCAUCCAGCCUCAGUAAACCAGAGGUGUUUGGAAACAAGAUGAUUAUCCCUUCCUUGGAUGGGGACCUCUUCCAGUGGGACCGGGAUCGAGAGAGCAUGGAAGCCGUUCCUUUCACGGUGGAGUCUCUUCUCGAGUCAUCCUACAAAUUCGGCGAGGACGUUGUCUUAGUUGGGGGAAAGUCUUUGACCACCUACGGGCUGAGCUCCUAUUCAGGGAAGGUGAAGUACAUCUGCUCAGCCGUGGGCUGCCGCCGCUGGGACGAUGAGGAGACGGAGCAGGAGGAGACGCUCCUGCUGCACCGCACCCAGAAAACCGUCCGGGCUGUGGGGCCACGCAGUGGCAACGAGAAGUGGAAUUUCAGUGUUGGUCACUUUGAGCUGCGCUAUGUCCCAGAUAUUGAAACUAGAGCAGGAUACAUUGAGAGCAAUUUUAAAUCAACUAUGAACAAAGAAGAAACAAAAAUCAUUUCAGAUGUGGAUGAGCAGGAAGCUAUGAUGAAAGACACAGUGAUAAAGGUCUCCGUGGCUGACUGGAAGGUGAUGGCUUUUAACAGACGAGGAGGACAUCUGGAAUGGGAAUACCAGUUUUGCACUCCAAUUGCUUCUGCAUGGCUCCUUAAGGAUGGCAAAGUAAUUCCAAUCAGUCUGUUUGAUGACACGAGUUACACAGCAAAUAAUGAGAUACUGGAAGAUGAAGAAGAUCUUGUGGAAGCUGCCAGAGGGGCCACAGAAUCCAGUGUCUAUUUGGGUAUGUUCAGGGGCCAGUUGUAUCUUCAAUCAUCAGUCAGAAUUUCUGAGAAAUUCCCAACCAACCCAAAGGCUCUGGAAUCCAGGAAUGAUAAUGCAAUUAUUCCUCUUCCUAAAAUCAAAUGGAAACCUUUAAUCCAUUCUCCUUCCAGGACUCCAGUGUUGGUGGGCUCUGAUGAGUUUGAUAAGUGUCUCAGCAAUGACAAGUAUUCUCAUGAGGAAUACAGCAACGGAGCACUGUCAGUUCUGCAGUACCCUUACGAUAAUGGUUAUUACUUACCCUACUACAAGAGGGAGAGAAAUAAACGCAGCAACCAGAUCACAGUUAGAUUUUUUGACGACACGAAUUACAAGAACAUUCGCAAAAAGGAUCCUGUUCUUCUGCUUCACUGGUGGAAAGAAAUUGUUGGCACCAUUUUAUUUUGUAUCGUGGCCACAACCUUUAUUGUGCGCAAACUCUUCCAUCCCCACCCUUACAGCAGACUGCGGAAGGAGUCUGAAACACAGUGUCAGACUGAUUGUAAGUAUGAGCCCACUUGUGGAGACAUUAAAGACAACAGCUGGAGUGAUGCCAAGAACUCUGGAUAUGUGUCAAGAUAUCUGACAGAUUUUGAACCAAUUCAGUGUCUGGGUCGUGGAGGUUUUGGAGUGGUUUUUGAAGCCAGAAAUAAAGUAGAUGACUGCAACUAUGCCAUCAAGAGGAUCCGAUUGCCCAACAGGGAGCUGGCUCGUGAAAAGGUGAUGAGGGAAGUCAAGGCUUUGGCUAAGCUCGAGCAUCCAGGGAUUGUUCGGUAUUUCAAUGCUUGGCUGGAAGCUCCCCCUGAGAGAUGGCAGGAAAAGAUGGAUGAGCAGUGGUUAAAAGAUGAAAGCACUGAUUGGCCACUCAGUUCUCCCAGCCCAAUGGAUGUCCCAUCAUUUAAGAUCACAACAGAGCCAUUUUCAACAAAGGAACACAUUGAAGUUACUGCAGCUUCCUCGGAGAGGGUGAGGUCUGUGGGGAUACCCUGUGGUCAGUCAGAUUCAUCUGGAAGCCAGUUUUCUCCUCUGGAAUUUUCUGACACAGACAACAGGGACUUGCAGCACUCAGAAGAUCCACUGUUAAACCUUCAGGAUAGUGUCCUUACAGGGUGUGAUGUAGAAGACAGUACUAUCAACAGUAAUGAGCUGGGACACUCCUUGGAAAUUUGCUCUUCAGCUGUUCCUGUUGUACAUCUGAAGGAAGGGACCUCCUCUUCUAUUGUGUUUGAGGAUUCUGGCUGUGGAAAUGCCUCUAGUAAGGAAGAUAAAGUUGAUGUUUCACAUAAUGAGAGUCCUUCUGAGGAUAAAGGGAAAAGUACAAAGGAAUCUGAUAACAAGAAAUCUGCUUCAGGAAGUCCCCUCUCUGUUUCUCCUCCAAGGCCAACGAGUUUAAGCCUGGACCUUUCUAAAAACACUGCAGAAAAAGUCAAACCCACCUCUCCAAAGGUGUAUCUGUACAUUCAGAUGCAGCUCUGCCGGAAAGAGAACCUUAAAGACUGGAUGAGCAGAAGAUGCACCAUAGAGGAGAGGGAAAGGACAGAGUGUCUGCAGAUAUUUCUGCAGAUUGCUGAAGCUGUUGACUUUCUGCAUAGCAAAGGAUUAAUGCACAGGGAUCUCAAGCCUUCCAAUAUAUUUUUCACAAUGGAUGACAUAGUAAAGGUUGGGGAUUUUGGACUGGUGACUGCUAUGGACCAAGAUGAGGAGGAGGAAUCAGUUCUGACCCCAAUGCCAGCUUAUGCCAGGCACACAGGACAAGUAGGGACCAAACUCUACAUGAGCCCAGAACAGAUCUGUGGCAACACCUAUUCGCACAAGGUGGAUAUCUUUUCUCUGGGACUGAUUCUCUUUGAGCUGCUCUACCCCUUCAGCACACAGAUGGAGAGGGUCAAGACCUUAAGUGAUGUUCGAAAUUUGAAGUUUCCACCAUUGUUCACUCAGAAAUAUGCACAAGAGUACACCAUGGUGAAGGACAUGCUCUCUCCAAGUCCCACUGAACGACCAGAGGCUGCAGCAAUCAUAGAAAAUCCUGUCUUUGAAGACUUGGAGCUCCCACCCAAACCCGUGCUCAGGCAGAGGUCACGGACAAUGAGCCUAUCAGGAAAUAAACAUUCCAGACAACCAAGCAAAUAACUAUCCUCAGGAUCACUUCUUCCACUCGGCAGGUUUCACAGGGAUUGUUCAGCAGAAGGAUCCUAUGAUGCAGAAUGUUUAUCUUGGGAAUAGUUUACUUCAGCUUUUUUUUGCCAUGUUCAAUGUAUAAGACGUGUUGGACAGAUUUUUGUUCACUUUGACAGCCAACGAAGCCCAGUAACCAAACCUUUCACAUUCCAUUUUCCUUACCUUUGCUCUCCUAAGCGGACGGGUCCAGCUGCUGUGCUUGCCAAUAUUGUGCGCCAUUAGCCUUUUUUUGGGGGGUUUCUUGGGUUUUUUUGAAGCUUGUAAAUGUCAGCUUGCUGGGUGAGUGAGAGAUCUGUAACAUGUAAAUAGAAUUAAAAUACUGUAUUUUUAUAGAGCAAAUUACAGUCUCUAAGCCUAGUGAGUGUCUAUCUGGGUCACUUGCUCUUUGGUGAAAUGAAGAUGAUUUUGAAAUUAA